AUGACCUCCGGGUCCAGCAGCCCGCCCAUGCGCACGCUCUUGCGCAGCGACAGUUUCGCCCGUCCGAUGUGCGUCUGGGCGGCGGUGACGCCGAGCGUGGCGGCAGAGAUGCGCUCAGGCCGCUCGACGAUGCUGGCGAGGUCGGCCUUGGUGGUGUUGGGGCGCGAGUACUUGUGGCGGGCUGGGUCGGGCGUGGCAACCGAGAGCGAUCGUAGCGACAUCAUGCUGGAGCGGCGGCCGAGGCUGGUUCUGCUGUUGGGCACGAGCGGGGAGGUGAGCGUGGAGGGGGAGGUGCCGUCGGAGGUUAGUGAGGUGAUUGAGGGCCGUUUCCUGAUGUUGGGGGUUGAGGGUGCUCUGGAGAGGGUUCUGCGGGGGUGGGUGUCGGGCAGCGGGGAUGAGGUUGUGGAGUCGCGGCCUGAGCCUGCACUAUGA